AUGGCACCAAAGCCUAUUCAUAAUGAAUCCCACGACAUUGCUAUUGUGCGAGCCACGGUAGACGACGCUCCAGCAGUCCUCGAUAUCUUAGAUGCCACAGUCAGUUGGCUGGCAUCGCAUGGUAGAGUUGGGCAGUGGGGAACAUCACCGUUUUCGGAGAACCCACGACGCACUGAACAACUGAAAGAAUUUGCAACAACCGGCCAUGGCCUUUGGGUCGCCGUCAAGGUUGCUGAUGGCUCGCCAAUGGACGAAAAUCGACCCUCCGAUUCACUCCCCGAAACUAUGAACGGAGAAGCUCCGCGGUCCAUCAUAGGGGCACUUGCUAUUGGAGAGAAGAUGCCUUACGUGACAGCUGUCUCUGAGCCUGAACUUUAUGUGCGAUUAUUAAUCACGGAUCGACGAUACGCUGGUAAGGGGAUUGGCAAACGUCUUCUGGACCAUGCACGUGAGGUUGCCAAUGGGAUUGGAGCCUCCUUGCUACGGGUGGAUUGCUAUGCAGGUGACGAUGGCAAACUGGUUCAAUAUUACGAGUCUCAAGGAUUUAAGCGAUUUGAAACUUUGAAUCUCGAAGGAGGGUGGCCUUGUCAAGUGCUUGCUCAACAUUUACAUGAGGCGAAGAAGGGAGAAUAG